UGAUGGUGGUGAAAAAGAAAAACAGAGUCGAAAGAGAAUAGCAAAAAGCACAGAACAAUCCGAAAAUGGCGGAACGCGAAACCUCCGAAUCCGAGGACCCCUCGAGUUCAGGGUCGGAGUACGAGGAUGCACAAACGGUAGAGGGCAAUGGUGUGAAGAAGAAGAAGGGUUUGUCGGAGUACGAGAAACAGAGGAUGUCGAGAAUUGCCGAGAACAGAGCCAGGUUGGAGGCUCUGGGUUUGCCCCAAAUCGCUUCCUCGUUAAAGGGUUCUUCGCAGCCUCACAAAGCCACGAAGGGCAAAGAGAAGAAGAAGAAGGUUAAAGAUGACGAUGAUGAAGAGUAUGAACCCGAAGAAGACGAGGGAGAACAAGUAUCGGGUUCUUCAAGUGAAGAAAAUGAGGACCGUAAAGACGAGGACUUUGCAAUUGAAAACGCUUCAGGGUCACGGAAAAGAAAGGUGAAGAACAAAAGUUUGAAAAAGAAAGCCAGAGUUUCUGGGAAGAAGCAUGUUAGUAAUUCAGAGUACAUUGAUUACGAUGAUGAUGAAGCUCUUAGGCAGGCAAUUGCUCUUUCCUUGCAAGACUCUGCAGAAGGUUCUUAUUUGCCUGACAAGAAUGUAGUGAACACCAGCAAGACCGAGAAAAAGGGAAGCGGUCAUGUUCAAGAAGAUAAGGGAAGAAAGAACAAAAAAUCGUUUGCUAGUCGGCUGCAACUGACUGAGGAUGAGCUCAUUGUACACUUCUUCCAGCUAGAUGAAGCAGGAAAAGGAACUAUAAGUGUAAGGGAUAUACAAAGGGCAGCUACAGCUCAUGAUUUUUUAUGGACAGACAAAGAGUUAGUUGAUAUGAUUCGCUACUUCGAUAGUGAUGGAGAUGGAAAGCUAAGCCUUGAUGAUUUCCGGAAGAUUGUUGUUCGUUGCAACUUGAUUAAAGGGUCUUGAAAAUCUUGAUAGAAUCAUGGUUAGCCAGAGAUGAUAGCACAUUGGAAGAUAUUACAAGGACUGUUAUAUAUAUAUAUAUAUAUUUCAUGGAGUGACACAGAUUUAGUAUUCCUUGUAUCCCAUUAUCACUAUAUAUAACUUAUAUUGUACUGUGCUGCUUUUCCUUUUCUGUAUACUUUGUAACUUUCAUGAGCUAUGUGUUCAUUUAUAACGUAAAAUGUAAUUCAGCAGCCUGUAAUUUGAUACCUUUUCAAUCUCCUAAUGUUUCUUACUAUUUCA